ACGUGUAUUGGGUUAUGUAUUGACGACUAAUAGUCAGCAGCAAUAAGAGGAGUGCACUUGGGUUGACCCGUACCGAAAGAGUUUGUAAAACCGAAUACCAAGUUCGUUGACAUGGGAACACAGCUACCAUCUUCGAUCCCCGGUUUGAGAGACUUCGUCAGUGAUUCGGAGAGGUUUCAGGACGUCUUCGAGACGGCUUUCUUGCCCAACAAUGACGGUGUGCCCAAACUGGAAAGAUGGUUCGAAAAGGACUUCGAGCAGGAGGUCGUGGUCAAGAUGACAAAGUCUUUCCCGACCGAUGAGGAACUUCGUUUGCUUGGGAUCGGCACGGGAAACGGAAGGACGGAUAUAAUGAUGCUUGAGAAGUUUCUUCGUCAUUUCCCGAAAAUCCAUUACACCGUAGUAGAACCAGAUCAGCCUGCUUUCAAGGAGUUCAAAGAUACAGUUGAGAAAUGUUCAAACCUCUCAAACGUCAGCUUUGACUGGCAAAACACGACUAUCGAAGAAUACUGGAAAAAUUCCGAGGAUUCUCAGGAGUUUGACUUUAUUAGUAUGGUACAUACUGCGUACUAUCUGGAGGACGUCGGGAUGACCAUGGACCGUCUGCUAGCAUCCUUGACCGUAGGGGGCGCUAGUCUUUUUGUUCACAAAUCAGGAGAGAACAAGACCUCGGAAUUCGCCCACCAGUUACCGUGGAUUUCCAAACCUUCCCAUAUGUCGCCGGGACGUCGCAUCCUGGACGCUGCUCGUCGUGCAAAUCAACGUCGACUUCGUGUCACCCCAUUUCCAGCCGUCAUCGACAUCACCUCCGUCUUCGAUGCCGCGUCCGACGUCGGGCCCAAACUGAUGGACUUUUUAACCCAAGGUGCCUACUUCUGCCAAACAGCGUCUGAAGACGUCUUGAAAGCUACAAUGGACAUUCUGAGAUCGUUGACCACGAAGAGCGAUGACGGCGAGAGAGUGCUGAUAAGUAAUGAUUUUGAAAUUAUAGAGAUAUGGAAAGACCCUUCUUCGUAAGUUUAUUUUCAGUGAUUCUCCUGAGAUCCAUAUUACCACAUUCAUUGUCACUUAGACCAGGUGCGGGUCCAGAAUUUUCGAAAAGGGGGGGGGGCAAUUUUUGCGAAAAAAAUUGACUAGCAAAAAAAGGGGCCUUCAAGUUGAAAAGAGGGGGCACAUCUUUGUUUUCAUGGUAUUUUUACAUUACAAAUUUUUAA